GCCCAGCCCAGCCCAGCUCUGCGGAGCGGAGCCCCGGCGGCGGGAUGGUGGAGGCCUGGUACAUGGACGAGUCCCCGGAGGACCAGCGGGCGCCCCACCGGCUGCGGCCCAACCGCGCCGUUAGCCUGGAGGAGCUGCGCCGCCUCGGCGUGGUCUACCGCAAAUUGGAUGCUGAUAACUAUCAGACUGAUCCAUGUCUGAAAGAGAUACGGAGAGCAGAAAACUAUUCUUGGAUGGAUAUAAUAACUAUACACAAAGACAAGCUUCCAAACUAUGAGGAAAAGAUAAAAACAUUUUAUGAAGAGCAUUUACACCUAGACGAUGAAAUUCGCUACGUCUUAGAUGGAUCUGGCUACUUUGAUGUUCGAGACAAAGAUGACAAAUGGAUCCGGAUUUCCAUGGAGAAAGGAGACAUGAUAACCCUCCCUGCUGGCAUAUAUCACCGAUUUACACUGGAUGAGAACAACUACAUCAAGGCGAUGAGGCUCUUCGUUGGAGAACCUGUCUGGACACCAUACAACAGGCCAGCUGAUGAUUUACCUGCUCGGAAACAGUACAUGAAGCUUUUGGCUGAAGAAGCACAGUAACAGUGCCUGAGACCUGACAGGUGGAACAGCCUGAAGCUCUGUCAGAAUAAAUGUGACUAGUGGCUCUUCGCUGAUUAGAUUUCUUCUACUUACGUAUACAAUUGGAAUCACAGAAUUAUGGAAAAUAAUCAGAUUGAAAGGUCAUUUGGAGGUUAUCAAGUCCAACCCCCUUUGAAGUACCAGGCCAACUUUAAAGCUAGACCAAGCUAAAGACCAUGAGGUUUGGAAACCUUUGGUGAUGGGAGUUACCUGUCUGGAGGAGUACCUGUCUGGGUACUCAUUCCAGUGUUUAGCUGCUCUUGUGAGCAAGCAUUUGUCCUUUGUCCUGGUUGCAGUUUGCAGCUGUUGUCUCUGGCUCUUUCAUGGAAUGCUUGAGAAGAGUGUGACUGUUGUCUUCUCCACAUUCCCUUCUCCCUUGGGAAAUGAGUUAGGUUUCCUUUGACUGCUCUUCUCCAGGCGAAACAAACCAGCAUCCUUAGCUGGCCAUUUUUCUGUUAAGUAAGUUCCAGCACAUUUUGCCCUAGCUGUGACUACAAAGGAAUAUAAUUUGUAACUGCCUGACAGUUAGACUUGAACCACUGACCAUUUUAAGCCUGAUGGUCCAGAUUUUUUUUCAUCCACCUAGUAGUUUAUACCCUCAGUCUGGCCGCAAAGCUUCUGCGGGGCACACUGUAGGAAGCCUUGCUGUGGUCAAGGUGAAUGACAUCUGCUGCUUCCCUUCUGCCACAGCACCAGCCAUUGCCUCUCAGGUGGCAGUCAGGAUGGGCCAGCAGAAUGUGCCCUUGGUAAAUUGGCACUGCCUGGUUGCUCCCCAUCACCUGCUGUUUCAUGUACCUGAAACAGCUUCUGUAACAGCUUAUACAGUAAUUUCCUGGGGACUGAAGUGAGGCCAUCCAGUCUGUAGUUCCACAGAUCUUUCUUCCCUUUUGAAGAUGGCUGUAUUAUUUGCCUUCUUUCACUCAAAAAGGUUUUCCUGAUCUCUGUGACCUUUCAAGGAUGCCAGUGGCCUCCGUGACAUUAGCUAGUUGCAUUUACACUUGCUCAGGAAUCUAUUUUCUAACCUUUCCUUUUUUUUGUUUUCCUUGAUAUCUGUGGCAGGUAGAAUUGGGAGAGGUGGGCUACAUUAAUAUUCAUUCUGCUCUGAAUCCAUGCUAAUGAACUACGUAGGAUUCUGGUUUUAAUUAAAGAAAAUAAAGCCUGCUUCAUUCUUGUCUAAAAAUGUUCGUAAGAGACAUUUGCAUAAUCAGCAUUUUCGUAUGCAGCUUCCCAAGUUCUGCCCUGAUACAUAAAGCUGUGGCUUUCUCUCAGCACAAUGUAGCAAUUGGCUCUUGUGAGUUAUUAAUAAAAUUACUUUGACUUGGA